CAAGCCCUAUUGUUACAUUGUAACAAAUCGGGGCAGCUGGAGGGAGUCGGGCUUCGACCCGCUUUGCCUUUUCAGGUCGGGAGGGGAAUUUUUUGUGCUACAGAAGCUGACUUGCACCGGGGAAGCAUUGAAACGUCCAUACAAAGAAAAGGAAAAAAAGGAAACCAAAUCCAACACCCCGGCAACAGUCAGCAACGAAGCGGAUCGCCCAUUUUUUUUUAACUGAAACAUCAAAGGCUUCGGGGAGAAAGAAAAAUCUACAAAAUAUAAAAAUUACAAAAAUAAGCUUAUACAUAAUGCAUUGCGGAGCCGCCCCACUUUUAUAAAUCAUCAAGUAAGGAAUUCCACUAAAAAAUUCCCCCCAGCGGCUCUCUCCUGUCUGCCCCCGGUUAAUCGGCGCAUUAGCAUUACUUGUCCUAAUAAACAAGCAUACAACAACGGCUCCGUUUCUUAGAGAAAUGUAAUCUGUUUUUGUCUCACGUUGAAACAUUUACAUAAUUAUAUAUCUAUAAAUAAAUAUAUAUUUUAUUGGGCGAUCGUUCGAAUAUUUGCUGUGAUUUUUUUCCCCUUUUUGUUGAAAGUCAAGCCUUUCGUAGCUAGCGACACGACUUCAACGCAUAUUUAUUUUUUGUCCUAUUUUUUCUUGCUUUUUCUUUUCUUUUUUUUUCUCUUGGGGAAAUACUUCGUUCUCCAAUCGGGAACACAAAUCACCAAAACGAACCGGGAGAGAAGACUUCCAGGGACAGCCACUCUACAGACAACCGAAACCAGGACCAAUGGAUGCACUGUCAGUUGGUAGCCUAAAGAGGAAGUUUGAGGACGUGGAUGUCGAGUCUCCGUACUCUACCCCUAAGGACUCCGAUGACGAUAUCUCCAGCAGUGACAGCGCCGAGAGCUGCGAUAGCCUCAAUCCACCCUCCAGUACACCGUUUAUACCUGCAUCCAUUCUGAGACGGCAAAAGUCAUUGGGCCGGAAGAGUGUCCGUUUUGAUGCUGUGACGGUGUACUACUUCUCUCGCCGGCAAGGAUUCACCAGUGUGCCCAGCCAAGGGGGAAGCUCUCUUGGCAUGGCUCGUCACCAUAGUGCUAUUCGGCGAUACACCCUGGGAGAAUUUGCACGGGAACAAGAGAGCAGCCACAGGCAGGUUCUGCGACAGCAUCUGCGAGAGGAGAAACUCAAUGCCCGGAAAAUGAAGUUAACCAAGAAUGGCACCGUGGAGUCUGCUGAGGCAGAAAGCCUUACUCUGGAGGAUGUGUCUGAUGAGGACAUUGACGUGGACAGUGUGGAUGUGGACGACUACUUUUUCCUGCAGCCCCUGCCCACCAAACGGCGACGCGCUUUACUGCGAGCCUCUGGCAUUUCCCGGAUCGAUGGAGAAGAAAAGACCGAGCUGCGAGCUAUCCGCCUCUCGCGUGAGGAGUGUGGUUGCGAUUGCCGCUUUUACUGCGAUCCACAAAGUUGUGGUUGCAGUCAGGCUGGCAUCAAGUGCCAGGUAGACAGGAUGUCAUUCCCCUGUGGCUGUUCCCGGGAUGGCUGCCGGAAUGCCGCUGGUCGUAUCGAGUUCAACCCUGUUCGCGUGAGGACGCACUACCUACAUACUAUUAUGAAGCUGGAACUGGAGAAGAAUAGGCAACUGGCAACCUCUGCAGCAGAAGUGACCAUCGCUACUACCGCUGCUUCUUCAUCUCACGCUUCACCACAGACUGAUGUUGCUGAAACGGUGACCUCAGGGGUUGAUGCCGAUGAACUUCCAUCUAGUCCACAGUCAGAGCUGCCUCAGGACUUGGGCAAGGAGUACUCUUUACAACGGGACGGCUAUGGGACUGACAGCUUUGACAUGGAGAACGAAACUGCGGUGCUCCAUCUUCAAAGUGCGGAGGAGUUUGACCGUCGAAGGGUUGAGGAAGAAGGCCAGGCAGGAGACAUGUCGGCGUCCAAUGGCUUAGGCGUAUGCCUUCUUGAAGGACCCGGGUCACCUGAUGACACGCAGGAAGUCAUCAGUGAGGCUGCUACCACAGAGACUGAAUUAGGAGCUCCAGUUAUCAUCCAAGGGGAGCUGCCCCCUGGGGCGUCAGUGCUGUGUUUUACGGAAAACUUGAAUGGGUCCACCCAGGUGCUGGGAGAGCAUCCCCAAGAUUACUUGAAAGAUACCUCGGUUCUCUUUUAUCAGAUCGACCAAGGCACAGUUCUUGGCUUUGAAGGCGGACCACUAGAUGCAGGCUUGCCUGCUGGAUACACCAAGGCUGAGGGUGCAGAAGGUGAGACAGCGGUGGUGGUCCACUGUGGGUCACCCACAGUGGAACUGGAAGGGAACUCCUCACUAGAAAUGUAUGCUCCUUUGGACAGCUGCUUAAGCGUCGACAUGGGCGCCUUACCCAAUGGGAGUAUUGCAUCUGAUGAAGACCACUCAGAGCUGCUAAGUAACACGCUGGAGUCUCCGUCAUGCUGCCAAGACCUGCCUUCAAAGAGCACUCACAUUCUGGUCGGCUCAGAAGAGGACAGAGCCCCGUCCCCCACUGACAUUUAAAAUUCAUAUUUUGCAGAAAAUUUGCACAGUAGCCUAAAAAAGCUUGUUGCCUAAUAAUAAUAAUAAGAUGAAGAAUGGUAAUAAUAAUAAUAAUAAUAAUAUUUAUUAUAGAUGGGUUUUUAUCUUAAAGAGAAAAAUUCAGACUAGUAAUAUUUCAAACGAAGAAAUCCUCCGUGCCAGUUCAGUGGCUUGUUGUUUCAGUCAAAGCUUCGGACAUUUUACAUUUCCAGUGAGAAAGUGAGACAAACUCGCUUUAUUUUAGUGCUCUGUGAUUGGAGCCAUUUGUGAGUGUGUGUGCGUGCGUGUGUGUGUGUGUGCGUGUAAACGUGAGGCAGCAUGUUGGGAGCAAUCCAAAGAUGUGCUAAAUUUUAAACUUUGGCUCAUAUCCAUCUUGGAGUAUUUCGACAUCGGCAGACAUCCAUGGUCUGUGUCGGAGUUUGUUUCAGUUACGACAAAUUAAAUUCAGUUUAUUUUAACUCGGUUCAGUUUAGUAUAUUUCAGUUCACUCCUGCUUAACUCAAGUGCGAUUCAGUUUAGUCUAAAGCAGUUUCAUUCAGUUUAACUCGGUGUAAUCUGCUGCCAUCCAACUCACUUCUGUUUUUCACUCAGCCGUCCAUUCCUUUCUGAACAGCUCUGUUCAGGUAAUUCAUUUUCAUUUUUCUUCCCUUCAGUUACAUUCACUUAAUUUCAAAUUACCCCAAUUCCAUUCUGUUUAAAUCGAUUCUGUUUAAGUUCAUGGAGGAAUGUCUCAGACACAAUAAAUAAAUAAAUACACAAAUGAACAAGUGUAUUGUGAAAUGAGGCAAUAAUAUAUGUGAGCAUAAAUUAUGAAAUGUGUCAUGAAUUGUUUUUGUUGCUUAUUUCCUUAUGUACCAGCUGUGCUCCACGUCUUAAGGGAGUUGAAAUCUAAGUAAUCCACAUGGACCUCAGUGUUAACAUUUGAA